GCUCGGCCAAACAAAUCUCUCUCUCCCACUCCCAACUGCCAGGCCACUCCGGGCGUCACCGCACCCCUCGUCCACGUCCUCCCCCGGCUCGGAGAACUUCAGUGGUCUGAUCUUCUGGCGCCAGCUUGCGGAUCGCAAGCCACCACGAUGGACCGUUUGUGUGACGAGAUAAUUCAAAUCAUCCUCAACUGCCUUGACGAUCCAACCCACUUCAGCCUUGUCUCCAGACGGUUCUACGCGAUUACCAAGGACCCCUACGUGCGAUCAUCGUACUUCCUUGCGCGCCAUGGCAGGACGUAUGCGCUGUACUAUGCGCUGGCGAGGGGGAAGCUUCUGACGGAGAAGGUUGUCGACAUUAUGAUUUCCAGCGGGGCGCACUUAUCGCGCUACCUCGCCCAGUGUGCGAUUCAUCAUUACUUUCGCGCCCAAGUCCACUUCAUUAAGACCCGAUGGGUUCGAAGUGUACCCCUCCCCGUCUUCACCCACUUCAUGAUGGUGGCAGCCAAGAUGUACGGUGACAUUCCAACCGGGAAGGGAGAGGACGACGGAACUAUCUUCGGUGCGUUGCUAAAGACUAGUCGGUUGCCAACGGAGUCCAGGGGCAAGUGGGAAACAAUUAAGGAAGUGGUGGAAAAGUAUAAGUUUAUUCCGUUCUGUGCGAAGGAUCCCAUGAUGGCUCAAUUCCCUUUGGUCCUGGCUGUUGAACCUCGCCUUUUGCCAUAUGCACGCGCCAAUGGCUUCAUCAUGGAUCACAAGUUCCGCAACUUCAUGUUCCGUAAGAUGUUUGAGAAGCCCGCCGUGCAAUUCGAUGGCCGCGUGGGCGAGGUUGUGAAUAACGUUCACAAACUGACAAGUUUGGAUCCUAAUAUGUUCGUGACUCGGACUGUAGCGGCGGAAGUGUGCAUGGAAGCCCAUCUGAACGAUCCGGGGUACACAGCACUCAAGAUCCUGGACAAGGAAGGGGCUCUGAAAUUCAGCUUAGCGGCCGUGGUGGAAGAGCUGCUCAAGACCUUCAUCAACACCCGCUCUAUCGCCAUGUCUAACAUGCAACCUGUGUUACGGAAGCUUCACUCAGACUUCCCCUCAGAGGACCCGACAGUCAGGGUGGUUAUGCUAUCCAGCGUGUUCUUCAUCGACACCAGCCCCCUCCCUGCCGGUCUGACCGCCAGGUCGACAUUCUCUGCAUCCUUGGACGAGUACGUGCAGAACUGUAAAGAGAAGGUUCAAGACCUCGGACUCGCGCCUGUCACGCGGAAGGACCUAUUCGACAUGCUCGUGAACAAGUUCACGCCGGACAAGUUCGUCGGGAUCAUCGAAUAUGGCCACGAUGUGCUGCGCAUGAGCGCGUCGGAGAUUAAGGAGCUCAAGCAGGAUGUUGCUCUCGCGUGUCUGGAGGUUGGGUGCAAGGGCAAGAUGCUGAAGAAGCUCGUAGAGGCGGACCCGCCAAUGCGAGAUGUCAUCGCUACGCAUGUGGUGCAGAAUCUGCGACUGAACCUCGACGACCUCCCGUGGUCUGAUGACGAGGAAGCGUGUCAGCAGUUCGAGGCGAAGCUUUGCAGAGACUUCGUCAUCUGCAGACGGUAUAGAUAUCCUGCUGCAACGGAUGACCGCAGAAGGGCUGGUGCGGCCGAGCCGGAUCACCCUCAACAGCCCGGAGGCAACGCUCCCGCCCCAGGACAUGCGGAUCAGAUGGACGUGGACGCAGCGAAUAAUGCCGGUCCAGCGCCCGCUGUGGAAGAUCACGCCUUGGAGAGCGACGACGACGAGAUUGCUGAUGAUGAGCUUGAUCCAGAAGGCGGCCCCGAGGAACUCGGCCAGAUCGGUCAGGACACUCUCACCGCCAUGAUCAGGAAGGACGAGAUCUCCCCUGUCCGAAGGAGAAGGUUCUACGACAUGUUCGCGACGUACGCUGACCACAUGGGCAAGUUGACGUAUCCAUCAGACUACCUGCAGGUCGGUCGGUGGAUCCACAACGAGUUCGGGCCACGGCAUCCGGUGACCGCAAUAUUCAUGCUUCACGCCGUUGUCAACGAAAACGCGCACAUACUGCAAAACAGCUUGUACAGUGAUAGCAAUAUCACCUCUGGACGCAUCCCAGUUACCCUGAAGCACUUCAAGAUGUUGGCACGACUUGGUCGGCCUCCUAACCUCGCGUUGAUCGACGACAUCGAGGCUGGUAUCGAGUUCUACUUCGACGAGGACGAUUACCUGUCUGUCGAAGAUAGCAACAGCGCAGCGAGUAGCAACAAUAACUCUCGAGCGCGUAGCCGCAGAGUCAAAGUCGAGACGGAUGGCACCCCUAGACCACCUAGCUCGCUUCCCGCUUCACCCGAAUCCUCGGGUAGCAGGGGGAAGGGGUCUCGAGGCCGGAAACGGCCUCGGCGUACCACGACUUUGGUGAAGUCGUAUGCUAUCCCCGAUAGUGAUGAUGAGAACAUCGCCGGCGAGGAGCGCGAUGUGAUCGAGAGCGACUUUGCGAGGAAGCGGCGUUGCGAGACCAACCUGCAGCAAUGGAUCAAGCAUCUCAGCGUCUUACUGAAGGAAGAGCAGAGGAAGUACAAGGAAAAGAGGAAGCGUGAGCAGGCUGCCGCGGAGCCUGGCGCUAAGCUUCGUGUACCCAAGAGCGAAUUCUUCAAGUCCUUGGCAACAAAUCUCAACCGUCUUCGCAAAGCCGACAGGGAGAAGCGGCAGCAGCUGUACGGGACGGAUGUGCCCAGCGAAGACUACAGCGAAGGAGAGGAAGACGAGUAUCAGUACCGGACUACGAGAUCGAAACGAUACAAGGUCGAGCAUGUUUGAGUGCUCCCUUCUUCUCCUCGUUCGAAGGGUACAAGGCGCAGCGCUUGCCUUGGCAUCUUAAUAUGCAUCUCUUUCGUCGCCUCAUAUGAACAACAUGGACAUGCAUAGCAAUGACCUUUCCCUCACAUUCAUUCGGUGUAUAUCCAUAUGUAUGGUGUAUAAUUUCGCAGACAUCACAACAUGACCCCUCGUACUAUGUGGAUACCCUGUCACGUCUUUUGUCACGAUCUACGAGUGCCCGGUACGCUUUACAUA